UGAUAGGGACGCGCUUCACCUGGCCAAUCAGAUUUCGCCAUUCGAUGCAGAACAGUGUCAGCCUCCCGACACCCUUCCAGCUGGAACGAAUACACCCGCUUACGAUGGAGUGCAUAUAAGCGAUGACCAAAGCGCCAAUUCUACUAUGUUCCCAGCAAUGUAUCACAGUGUGCACGGAAAAAGGCGUUGAUCGAGCCAGGCCAUAAAAGUCGGCUGAACCGCAGAGACCGCUGGUCAUCACCCUCGUUUAUCUCAGACCUGGUCUGCAUGCACCGCAUUUUGUUCACAUAGAACAUAGCACGGCAUAUCGUAUUCAUUUGCACUACCGUCAGCUUAUCCAGGAAGUCUUUUCUAACGGACUGUUGCCUCCAAACAUGCAUCUUCCCCGCGAUUUCAGGAAGCUUCGACAAUCGAAACCGUUACCCAUUAUCAAAAUCGAUCCUGCAAUCCCAGCUAUUGCACCCUCACAUCCACACAUUAUGAGCCGGCAUAUGUUCUCAUCAGCAUCAGCGUCGUCAACAACUUUUCCCGAUACACUCCGGGCGCUACUUCGCAGAGAUGUGUUUCCCAGAUCGUCAAAUGGGGGCUCCCGCUCUGCAAUGCGAGAAGGAUUCAGUCCAGCAGCCCUCGGCGGCAUCUUCGCCGGUAUCGCGAUCCUCGUCAUGCUCGUCAUAAUCCUUGGAAUCAUGAUGCGAAGGAGUAAACGGAGGACGCACCAUCGAGUUUUACUAGAGAAGACAAGCAGUCCUACGCAACAUGACGGGAGCUUGAGGGGCAUUAUUGUGACGAAGGACGUGGAGACUACGGUGCUACCUGUCAAGCUCCACACAGUUGAAGGAAGAAGGCAGUCCCACAUUCCUUUUCGGUCAAAAUGAAGUCUGGGAGUCCGUCGGCGUACUGCAAUUAUUGAGGUGGAAUGGGCAGGAUGUACUGGUCAAAAAUCAUUGGUCAUUAAGGGCGAAAUUGUGUAGAUGGUACAGGUACUCUUCAAUGAAGGCGGGCAAUAGAAGGAAUCAUCACUUUGAACCUGCGCACUGGUUGAGACAUGGGGCUCCCGCUAUUUCGCCGCGUGGCAAUGCCGAGACAUCUGUCGUAGAACCUAAGGACUUUUGGUGGUUUUACUGCGGUAGUUGUGUCCACAGCUUAAUACACAAUAGAUUAAUUCACUUCCCC